UGUCUUCUACUAAUAUAUCUCUACUUUGAAAGGAUUGACCAUUCAUUCUUCCCCACUCAAAUCUUUUCUCCAAAUUCAGUGCAGUGAUGGCUACUGCUAAACCCUUCACCAACAACAUCUUCCAUUUCUUUCUCUUCUUCUUCAUCCUUACAGCAGUCGCCAUACAAGGUCUUGCAGCAACGGCUCGUCGAGUGGAAACUCUUUCUCACUAUCAACAGCAAACGGCAGUAGUUCCUCAUUCUUCUGCUUCUCUUCAAGAACUAAACUUAAAGGGUGUAAGAGACAGAUGGAGCAAGAAGAGAAAUUCAAGAAGAUUGAUGAUAGGAUCCACAGCUCCAACUUGUACUUACAAUGAGUGCAGAGGUUGUAAAUUUAGGUGUAGAGCUGAGCAAAUUCCUGUUGAUGCAAAUGACCCUGUUAAUAGUGCUUAUCACUACAGAUGUGUUUGUCACAGGUAAUUAAUAUAUGCCCCUUCAUUAAGAGAGUCUGUCAGGUUUUGAUGGUCAAAUUUUGUAAUCAGCAUAUGUAUUAGCUACAUUUGUCAUUCUAUAAUCUCUUUAAUUCCUUGUCUCUCUUUGUUCCCAGGAAUUAUUUUAGAUAUUAUAAUUAGUGUGUUAAGUGGAAUUUAUAAUUAAGUUGUAAUUUUGUGAUUAUUUU